UAUGGUGGAGCCGGUGACGCAGGCGCGGCUGACAGCUUCGCAUCGUCUGUCAACACAACAAUCAUGGCAUCCACCAAGAAAAUCGAAGAGGCUCUAGCUCAUAUUAGAGAGGCUGAGAAAAGCCUCAAGACAAGCUUGUUGAAAUGGAAGCCGGACUACGACAUAGCGGCAGACGAGUACAAUGCCGCUGCUACGUGCUACAAGACGGCCAGGCAGUUCACCCAGUGCCGGGAGUGUCUAUUGAAGGCAGUUGAAAACUACAAACUGAACCGAUCAUUCUUUUCAGCUGGCAAGUGUCUAGAGCAAGCUGCUUUAAUAAGUAAGGAGUUAGGGGACAAGGACUCCAUCUUCAAGCUGAGUGAGCGGGCAGCAUGCAUGUACCAGGAGCACGGUGUUCCCGACACAGCGGCGCUUACCCUGGAGAAGGGCGCAAAAAUGAUUGAGGGUCAUUUACCAGAGAAGGCCCUGCAUCUGUAUGAGCAUGCAGUUGACAUUGUUAUGGCUGAAGAUCGUCCUCGACAAGCAGCCGAGUACCAGAGCAGAGUGUCUCGUCUCAAUGUCAAGCUCCAAAAAUUUGACGAAGCCACCGAUGCCAUCAGGAGAGAAAUAUGUUUCCAUCAGGCAGGAGAAAAUGGCCCUGCUAUUGGGAGGAUGACAGUGGCGCUGGUACUUGUUCAACUAGCUCGUGGGGAUUCUGUCGCUGCUGAGAAGGCCUUUAGAGAAUGGGGAUCUUAUUGUGAGCAGGAGGAGGUUCAGACAGUAGAAAUGUUGAUCCAGGCUUUUGAUGAAGAGGAUGGGGAUAUGGCAUUGAAAGCUCUUAGCUCUUCCUUCAUCAAGCACAUGGACAUAGAGUAUGCUAAGCUUGCCAGAAGCCUUCCUGUACCCAAAUGCAAUCAGGAGACCAAGAAACCCGGGGUGACGGAUACCUACCCACCAUACACCUCCAGCUCUGCCGCAGAUGUUGACUCCGUCUCCAAGGAGAUGGGCGGUGCAUCAAUAUCCCAGGGAGAUGAUGAGUUAGACUUGUGCUGAACUGACCCAGGCGGGCGUUUGCCGUGACGUCUUUUAGAGAGUUGGAUGGUACCAGGAGGGUACGAGUUUACCUGCACGGUUUGUAAUGACCUGCACGUUAUCAAGUCACCUGGAAAGUUGAGUCACCAGCAUUUAGAAAAUGUUUUGACAAGAUGAUUCAUUUUGUAGCUUAAGAUAUAUCUGUCAGGCUUGUAGUCGGUGUGACCAACUUGAAACUUAAUGUAGGAAAUAUGCGAAGAACUCAGAAUGUUUUAUCUUGUCAUACACUUUCUUUGUGUAUUGCUGGCACUUGCUAGAUACAAGAGCACUUGACAUCCAGCUGAUUUAAGAUUCAUGCUGAGGUUAAUACCAUUUACAGUCAGGAUGUGUUAUUCAUAGCAUGCUAGUAAAUGGGCCACUGUUCCUAAGCUGCAAGGAAGAUGAGUAAGGACUUAGGCUUUUAUGGUAAAGGAGAUGAGAAUGUAGCCUUCAUUAUCCAUACUAGAUGGUGAAUUAUUUGGUAUGUCUUUGUUUGGAACAUCAGUUUAUGUAUCUUUUUAUCAUUUGUGUGUUUGAGAUCCACUAAAGAGACAAGUUCUGUGAAAUGCAGACUAUGUUCAUUGAGUGCCAACUAUCUAUUGCAGCAGUUCAGCUUUUUGAAACCAUGUCAGACACAGAGACAAAGAACAUUGUCUUUUAUCCAUGUGCAUAUUUUGUAGCAGAUAUUAAUUAAGCUAGUCAUGAAAGGAGUUUAUAACUAGCGUAGAAAUUAGUCACAAACAGCGUAAUGUUUUUCUGGAACAGUGAGUAAUAAAGUGAUGCAGUCAUCACUUAUGUGUGGUUCUCAGAAUGUUGUAAUUGUUUUAGAGUUGUUUACCUGAUGUGAUCUGUGUCCAGUUUGUAUUGUUAGAGAUGUGUGACUUCAUGCAUUCUGCAAAACAGUUCCAGUUACUCAUUUCACACGAUGGUGCACAUCUCAAGCAACGAGUGAGGUGAAUAGGCGUUUCUUGCAUCUUAGAACCAAACUUGCCGACCCUCACGGAGGAAAACUAUAAACGAGGAUAACCUCUGGUGAUUCUACUGUUGUUACACUUCUGAUUACACUUGUUGAUUUUUCUAGCCUUUAUCUUAUUACUUUUCUGUUAUUGGGAUUUUGACUCUUCAACUAAAGGUGAUAAUUACAUUUUCUUUUUUGAGAAAUAUAUUGAUCGUCAGAAAACUAUUUAGAAUUGUAAUCUUGUUAUUUAUUGUUAUUAUAGUGAUAUAUUAUGUAGAAAUAUUAUCCUCCAUAUUUACUAACACCCACUUGGAGGCAGCACAAGGUGGCCCAGUUACACCUGUAUGAGUUACACCCUUACAGACUACUUCAGUAAGGUGUUUAUCAUAAUUGGUUAUUACACAGAGGCUUUAAUUUAGAUUGUGUAUAAUUGUGGUAAUUACAGACACAUUAUAGUGCAGUACACACUUACAGUACAUUUUAAGCAUAUUAACUUUUAUGCAUACCCUUUAAACAUGAUAUGUCAGUAUACACACACUCUUUUGCACAUGUAUACAAACACACAUACAUACUCACAUAUAUAUAGACAUAAUCAAUAUACAUUGGUACACAAGUUUCAUUAGAGCCUAAUUUUAUUUUCUAAUUGAUGUUCAAAGAUUUUGAUUUCAGGAAUACACAAGACUCAUCACUGAAUUAGGCACCAUUUUCUUGUUUUAUGUGUGGAUUCUUAUUAAGGUGAGCAAGAUUGGCCUUUUGUUUUUGAAGUUAUUUAUUUAUACUAUUAUUAUUAUUAUUAUUGUGUCCAGUUGCAUAUCAUUCCAUGGCCACACCACUGUUACUUCAGCCCGUGGUGAUGACACAUUCCCCUCGAAUUAUCCCCUCCCAGAGUAGUGUAAAGCCGAUGACGCUUAUAUUGACAGUUUUUUAGGUGUUUUGUGUAAUGCUCCAUCUCCCCUGAUGUAAACGAGGCAGAAACUUGCAGAAGGUAACUGACAAAGUAUUCAGGAUUGAGUUUAUAUUCAUAUAACAUUGAUAGUUUUACUGACUGUCAUGUUUGUCAGCUGCCAGUGCAUUUAAAAGCCUAUUUACCUGCUGUCUGAUGGGGUGCAUCAAGCCACACACUCGUACACCAGAGGGACGUUUCAUCAGCAGCACAACUCUGAAUGUUCACCUCUCCCUGUACUGGAAAUGGUUUGAAGACGUUCAUCAUUCCGCAAGUUGUGUACGCCAACGAUAGCAAGUGUACUCCUAGUUCUCCCGUUUAUGUGUGUAUGUGAUCAGUAUGUGCACUUGUCUCUCCUGUGUUUGUGCGUAUGCCAGUUGUGCACAUUCUUGUUUUAUCAUUAUAAGCAUUGUAAAACAACUAUUGUACUUGUACAUACUACAACAUAUGUAUGGCAACUGUUUUUGUCUUGCAUUCAGAAUUUAUGAGUAUAGCUGCUAGCUUUCCCUGAGGCAACUUGGAGAAGAAUAUGCAUCUUACCUGAAGUAUAAUUAACUCUUCUGGAUUAUUAUUAUUAUUAUUAUUAUUAUUAUUAUUAUUAUUAUUAUUAUUAUAUAUCUCCUUUAGACCAGGAAUCUAAUAUUCUUCUGGUUUUUCAUGUGUCAUCAAUGUCUGUUUUUGUUAUGGUUGUAAUUGUGAUAAAACAUUGGUUUCUAUUUUGCCUUGUUAUUGGAAAUAGUCCAGACUUCUUAUGUAUUAUGUGAAGUGAUGUAAAACCUUGAAUGGCAUUACCAUUUAUCGAAAUAAGUUUGCCAGGCACGCGUAACGACUCGGUUACCCGAGGAAAACGCAGCACUCAAAGGUUGUAGCCAUUCAAGUUGUUAUCAUAAUGAUUAAGAAUUUGGACUUAAGUGUCUUAGAGUAGCUGUCAUCUAAUACAGUUGACUGUGUCCUCAUGAAGAUAAGUAAUAUAGCUUAAGACUUUAUUUAUCAAAUAAAUGACCUGCAAUAUCAAAA